AUGGCCGCACCAGAGAAGCUCGACUUUGAUGUCGUGAUUAUUGGGGCUGGGAUUAGUGGGAUCAACUUCGCCUAUAGGCUACAGGAGCGUAAUCCGGAGCUCAGCUACACCAUUCUGGAAGGCCGUCAUGAAAUGGGCGGCACCUGGUCGCUUUUCAAGUACCCCGGCAUACGAAGCGACUCUGACCUACACACGUUCGGCUUUCCGUGGCGACCAUGGGAGGAGCAGACGACAAUUGCACAAGGCCCGCUCAUUCUCAAGUACAUGAAAGAAUCCGCAGCCAUGUACGGUAUCGACAAGCGCAUACAGUAUCACCACAAAGUCGAGAAUGCAGAAUGGUCGACUCUAUCGAAGACCUGGACAUGCAAUGUGACCGCCAAUGGCAGCGCGGAGAAGCACAUCCGGGCUCGGUUCAUACUCCUCUGCUGUGGCUAUUAUGAUUACGACAACCCACUUCAAUCAGUAAUCCCAGGUAUCGAAAACUUUAAAGGCACUGUUGCUCACCCGCAGUUUUGGCCCGAAGACCUCGACUACACCGACAAGAAUGUCGUCAUCGUCGGAUCAGGAGCUACCGCAAUCACAUUGCUGCCCGUUCUUGCAAAGAAAGCUGCCAGUGUAACGAUACUCCAGCGGUCGCCUUCGUAUGUGUUGUCCUUACCAGGCCAGGAUGGUCUGGACAAGACGAUCUACAAUCUCACGUGGUGGAACAAACCCCUUUUCCAGUCGCUCAUCCGCUGGAAGUACAUUCUUAUCCCUUUCCUCAUUACACGCCUUUGCUAUUACUUUCCGAAGCGUAUGCGGAAAUUCUUCUCGGAUACCAUCCAAUCUCAGCUUCCACCGACCGUGGCAAGAGAUCCACAUUUCAAUCCGAGCUACAACCCUUUCGAACAGCGGGUCUGCUUCUGCCCUGACGGUGAUUUCUACGACGCUCUCAAAUCCGGCAAAGGCGGCAUGGAAACAGGCAUCGUUGAGACCGUGACGCCAGACAGCAUCAAGCUCACGUCCGGGAAGGAGCUGCAUCCGGAUGUGAUCGUGACAGCCACGGGUCUCCGCGUACGUUUCGCCGGCGGUCUCAAUUUCCUCGUCGAUGGCAAGCCCUACAACAUUGCAGACAGCUACGUUUGGAAAGGUGUGAUGCUCGAGAACCUACCCAAUGCUGCCUACGUAUUCGGCUACGUUGAUGCAAGCUGGACCUUGGGUGCUGAUGCUACUGCGCAACUUGUUUGUCGCAUGUUGAAGCGUAUGCGCUCCGAAGGCGUGGCAGAGGUAGUCCCGAGGCGGUCGGAGCUUGAGAAGAAGAACAUGGUUGACGUGCCACUGCUUCGCCUGACCAGCACGUACAUCAAGCGAGCGAAAGACAUGCUUCCGAAGACUGGCGCAACUGGUCAGUGGCGCCCGCGGUCAUACUAUCUCCAGGAUUUGUUGAUGGCGAAGUUCGGAGAUAUUAGAACGGGGCUUGAGUGGAUCAGAGGUGUGUAG